AUGUCAUCGCUCCAAAACGUCGUCGACGUCAGCCGCAUUGGCACGCUACUGGCGCUCGCGACCGCUGUUUAUAUUUCGAUCAAAGCGUUCAAAACCAUCCAGCAGACAUACAGAGCUCGCCGUCGCUACCAUGACAUCCCGCAGUUGCCCAGGCAUCCAAUCUGGGGUCACUUGAUCAACAUGGGAGAGAAGCUCAACCCGGCCCUUCAGAGACAUCCAGACUAUGCGUUUGAAGAAAUGUGGAUUUCCCUCGACAGGCCUCCUGCAUUCCUCAUGGAUUUGCAUCCCGUAGACAGCGCCUUCUUGAUUGUGGCAGACCCGACGCUGGCCGAGGAGAUCUCACAGCCGAACUCGACCUUCAAGUACUCUCUACCGAAGAGUGACACGCUCGGUUCCAUGUACCGGCUCAUUGGCCUUGAGUCGUUGAUUAUUGCCGAGGGCGAAGAAUGGAAGACCCUUCGGCGGAGAUUCAACAAGGGGUUUUCACCUCAACACCUGCAUACUCUGGAUGGAUUGAUCGUGUCCAAGACACGGGAUUUCGUCGAGCGACUGAAACAGGCAGCCAAGAGCAAAGAGACGUUCUUGCUCAAAGACUACGCCCAAGAUUUAACCACGGAUAUCAUCACGACUGUGGCUAUCGAGAAGGACUACCACGCACAAACACUGCCCGAGGGAGUAGGGUCGAAGAGCGCUUUGGGGAUGUUGACCGCAUCAAGGCUCCUCUCGAAGCUGGUCUAUCCUGUGGGCCGUGGGUUUAACCCGUUCGUCUACUUCGAUCCGAUCCGGCCUGCCAAGUCGUGGUUCUACGAACAGGUCUUCAAUCGCGAGCUUGCGGCCCGGGUACGGGAGCAGAUUGCUCUAGAGCGGGCACAAACAGACGAGAAAUCCGACGGAUCCGCUGAGAACACCUCGGCACUACAAAGAUCCAUCACCCGCCUCGCACUCUCGGGACUAGAUCCAGAUGCGGCGCUGGUCCGAAGCACGGUCUCGCAAAUCAAAAGCUUCCUGUUCGCUGGUCAGGACACGACCGCCACGCUGAUUCAGUGGCUCUGCUUCGAGCUCUCCAAAGCCUCGUGGUCUCCUCGCUCGGCUUCCGUCCUUCAACAGCUCACUGCGGAGCAUGAUGCCGUCUUCGGUACGCAAGGCGGGCCCUUCAACGCUCUCGAUGUCCUCGGCCGGACGGACGAAGCAGGGCAAAAGGACACGGAGGCUAUACUUGGCAGUCGCUUACCAUACACAACAGCGUUCAUCAAGGAAACACUACGACUUCAUCCGCCUGCUGCUACUGCGCGACGCGUCCCCGAACUGUCAGCUCAGAAUCCUACGCCAGUAACCAUGAAGAUACGCACAUCUCGCGGUGACGAAAAGGACGUCCUCGUCAAUGGCUUGAGGAUAUACAAUGCACAGCAUCUUAUCCACCAACACAAAGAUGUCUGGGGUCCGGACGCCCGUGUCUUCCGUCCCGAAAGGUGGCUUGACGAAAAGUACAUGUCGACACUGCCGACUGGCGCGUGGCGGCCCUUUGAGCGUGGGCCGAGAAACUGUAUCGGGCAGGAACUCGCGAUGGUGGAGGCCAAGGUCGUACUCUGCGCCGUCUCAAGGGGCUUUUCAUGGGAGAAGGUCGGGUACUCGGGGAGGAACCAGACCGAGGGCAUGGAGAUACCGAGGGGUGACGGCAAGGACGAUCCGGAGCGAGAAGUGUGGAGCGCCCAUCAGGUCACGUCGAUCCCAGUCGACGGCAUGAAGAUGAGGGUCCGUUUGAACGGGUAA